ACUGUUUCACCCGUUAUCAAGACGUGUGCCAAAUACGGACCAUUUAUCUACCCAGAGAUGGAGACCGAAGCCGACGAUUUGAGUCCCCUCUACGAAGCUUUUCUUUUUGAAAAUAAUCACGCACUGGCCAGCAGGAGAUGGUACGGUUAUCAUGGUCGAAUCGAAAAUUCCGCUUGUGUCAUGUGUACACUGUAUGUACGCAAAUGGCAUCUGGGACAACCGUCUACUUUUAGUCAGGGAUGUCGUGUUCGAGCGGAAUCAAAACCAGACGUUAAACAGUUCACAGCCAUUUCUCUGACGAAAACAAUCAUUGAGGCUGAUGUGUUGACCAAGGGUUAUUGUCCCUUAACUUACAAGAUUCGUGGCGGUCAAAUGGUUCGCAGUGAGAUGCGUCAAUUCAUUGGAACCUCAUGGGAGAUUGUGGUUAGCCAAGAUACUGGCGCAGUCAUUAACCGAGUCGAAAAGGGCUAUUCAGUAAGCGUCUACUACGAAAUCCACAACGAUCCGGGUUGUGCUGAUCGACAUAUCAUAUUAACACCCACAGUGAAUGGUCACAACAUGAGAACAACUGAGUCUAGGCGGCGAGAAGUUGCAUUUGGUAAGUACACAAAAGUGAUUUUUGAAUAA